CUUCGUGCUCUAGCAAUGCAUUCUUGGGAUCGAUUCUUGGGAUCCACCGUUCUUGUCUUAGGGGGUUACAGCAUUCGUGCCUUCUUCCAUCUUCAUCCAUUGUCAGGCUUAUCGAUGUCCCAAUGUCAGACAGACUCUUGAGAGUAACCCGACGAUUUUAAAGUUAUUCAGCUUUCAACAUGACAUUGCGCGCAAUGUCCGUUCGUUCGGAACGAAGUGCGUGUUGCGUUGUCUUGACCACCAAUGUUCACCGCAAUCGUAGAAUCGUCACCAUACUGUGGCCACUUGUAUUUCCACUGUACUGCCUCUCGCUGACGACAUUGCUGCGGCUUUACGGUCGUUCAAAUUCUCCAGCUGCAGCUGAAAAUCUCCCGAGCCCCUCUUUGAAUGCUUCAAUUCCACAAAUUGUAGAUGCCAGAUCCGAGGCAAGCGUAGUAUUCCUUCAAUCAUAUCAUAGGAGCCUCAGAAUUGAAGGGAAGGCGUCCACGAAACAAGAAGUAGCGCAAAAAUUGAAUAUGAUUCAAUUUUGCCGCUAAUUCAUGUUCUGUGGGCACUUUCUCUCUGGUAGCUCGAGUCUCCACAUCGAACUUUUGAUGCUAAUCGGGUUUGUGAUCGGAUGCUGUGCAGCAUUUAAUCGGAGCUUUAAAUUGAAGAGAAAGUGUCCACGGAACGGGAAUCGACGGAAAAAUGAACAAUAUUCAUUUCUCCCGUUGAUUCAUGUUCCUUGGGCAAUUUCUCACUGGUAACCCUGAAACCCACGACCAGCUUUUUCAUGCUAUUCAGGUCUCUGAUCGGAUGAUGUGCAGCAUUGAAUGGGAACGUUAGAAUUGAAGAGAAAGUGUCCACAGUCCCAAAAAGGGUCGAUCUUGAAUUCCAGCGAGGAACGGACGGAAGGGCGUUUCCGAAACCACUGUCGGUGAGACCCGCACGCCAUUCGCGAGUGCCUCGGGCGUUUCGCUCGAGAGGGAUCGGGAGAAGGUGACGAGAGUAGCUUCGUUCAGAAGAUGGCAGAAGACUUCCCACACUGUUCUCUCGAUCAUCGACUUCGAAUGUACUCACGAGGAGGAGGAACACAGGCAUUGCAUCUGAGCAAAACGAUCGUGAAAAAGAACUUGGAGAUCGUGCUCAUUUCCUUCCAAAUCAAGACCAGAAGACUGACAAAUCAUCGAACACAUACAUAUGUUCGAAAUCAAUGCUCGACUUGAAAUGUUGACACGAGUCAGAAAGAAUUUGGUCGACACUAGAGGCAUGCAGGUGACAGGGCACGUACCAAGUACCUCGAUGCAACAAAGGCCGUCCCGUGAGAAUAUCACGAGAGACAAAUCUCCUCACCCGCCGAGCUGCAGGUCCUCGAGAAUCGCCUCGAACGUGGAGACUGGCCCCUCUUCUUCUCAGCCAAUGAGCCAGACCGAGAGCUCAAAGAUGGCCUCCCUCUUUCUCAUUGCUGUCUCUUUUGGAAACGGUGCACCAUCUUUCACAAAUAUUUCCAUAUGUAAUAUGGAAAUGGAAAGGAGUUCAAUAUUUCAUUGCUGAGAGAUAUCGAAUCUCUUCCACAGACUCUUGCAAAUCUACUUCGCCAGAUUUGUACAGUUUGACCUGCAUUUGUGGGUUGUAAAAUCAAUCUCCUCUUCCUUGUCAUGGACACGAGUAUCAGAACGCAAAAGCAUUCUUUUGCUGGAAUAUAGCAUUGAAUGUGAAAUUCUGUCGAGGCUGAAAUCAUAGCGUUGAUCUUUGCUUGUUUUUUUGCAGUGGUUCGAGUUGAUCCAGCGAUUGGGUUUACAGUCUGAAAUGUAAACUUGUUCCAAUUAAAGUAAGACCAAGAAUCCAUCUAGUUCACAAAAAAUGUAUUAUCAUAUCGACUGUGUGACUUUAUUGUAUCUUUCAGAUCGCGAUCAUUAAGGUUGUGCUGUUUAGUGUCUGUUUACAGUAACUUUCUGUGUGUAGUGUGGAGUGUCAUGUGGACAAGGAUCUCUCCAGAAAGGCGUUUUACGAUGUUCAUGAGUUCUCACCAUACAUGUAAACAGUCAACAAAUGAUUCAUGUCGAACACUGGUCAGUAAACAUAGUUGAAAUAUUUUUCAAUCACAUGUUGUUUGGAAUUGACGAGUAUUUCAGUAGUGAAGUGUUUCUAUCUACAUAUUCAAAGAAGAGAUGUUAUUCAGAUGGAUCACUUUCAGAUGAUGUGAAUCAUCUGAAAGUUAUUCAUCGUCAAGGUUUGUUACUCCACCCCAGACUAUCUUAAACAUUACUAUCCCGUUCCAAAUGUUAUCCGCUCUUUUAUCCAGG